GUGCGAGUGAAACAGCGCUCUACACUGCGUCUAUCGGCGUCUUGCUUCCACAAUUGCAGCAGUCCGGUUGUAAGAGUUCAUAGUAAGUACCAUGUCCAUUUUAUCGUUAAGAUAUACGUCACUUGAUUAUCUACUAAGAUAGUCUCGGUUAAACCUACGGCAACGAAUAUUAGUAUCAUUUCUAGUAAACUUACCGUUUUAAAGAUAGCUCUGUUUAGAUUUUUUAAUAUUAUGUUUUAAGACUUAAAAAGUAGCAUUUAGAAAUACAAAAUAGAAUUUUUUGUACAUUUUACUUUCGAUAAUACAUAAAGUAAGUAGAGAUAUAUCGUAUUGUCCCUUUAUCAACGUCCACGCAGCCAUUUUUCAAACCAAAGCAAAGAUACUCAAUAUGCAAAUAAAUCUCGUUAAUUAAUAUCAACAAAUUCAUUUCCCAGUUUUCAUUAUAAUUACUAAUUAAGCCGUUGCAAACAGGCAUGUGAACAACCAACAUUUUAUCGAGAAAAUCCAUUCUAACGUCACUUAAUCAACAUAUUCCUUAAUUGCUACAAACAAUAGAACAAACGGUUAUCUUAGGGAUGUGAUUGCGAUAAUCGCUUGAUAACGCUAAUUGAUAAUAAUCGAUGCUUAAUUCAAUCGAGUCGACCUUAGUCUCAGCGUACCGCGUAAAUAUGCGAAUGUUUUUAUCUCGACGCUAACUUGCGUCUAACACGAUGCUGCAAUAUUAAAAACGGUGAGUAUUAUCACAUGGAGUAGCUCGUACUGCUUGUAGUCGUCUGCGCGUGCUCGCGGUAAGCACCGCUUAUCAGUCGACCUCAGUCCCGUGCAGAAACACCACCGCUCCAAUAAUUAGAUAAAAAAAAACAAACUCAACUAAAUAUUUGUGUACACAUCCAGUGUUAAAUAAUACUACGAAAACCACGUGGAAACAUGACGACAGUGCUCACAAACGUGCGAAUUCAUUUAGAAUGACUUUAUAUAAUGGUUUAAUUAGCAAUUUUACUUGCUUAAUCACAAGUGGCCUUAAAGUGAAUGGUGAUAAGUUAGGCGCGGAGUGAAACAUGAGGCUGCGAUGAGAAUAUUGUUCUAUUCUAUAUUUAAUGAUUCUGUUGUUCCAAAAUUGUAAUAUGUAAUAAAAAAUAGCGUAAUGCGCAAGCGUCUUCGCGGGCCGGCGUUUUGUUUACAGCAAUGUAUCGUAUUACAUCGUACGAUAACGCGGUGCCGAGUCAGUGAUAUUCUACGCGUUUGUCGCUGCCCCAACAACCGCGCUUCAAUGUCCGUAGACGAUUUAUUUAUUUAAAAAACUGAGAAUUACAUCGACAAACUGUGUGUGGACGUCACUAGUGCUACAAUCUGUGAUGUCAAUUCAGUGUUUUGUAUAAAAUGUGUUUUAUAGAAUUAUGAAUACUACUUUUAACUUUCGUAAUAAAUAAAAAUGAAUAAUUUAUUUAUUCAAUUAUGAAGGACUGUUGUUAGGUAUUUUAAAGUGCUGUAUAACUAUGUGUUUGUGAAAGUUAUUGUUUUAAAAGGAUUUUAAUGCAAUGGAAGUAGACAAGGAUGACACUGGCAGUUCCAGCGGGUCGCCGGGGGCGCGCGCCGGCCGCCGCUCCUCGCUCGCGCUCACCCCGGAGGACGAGCCCCUAGUUGACGUCGCCAACAGGUCGCCGCCGCCCGCGCACAUCCCAAAUGCUAUGCUGUACACUCCGCCGGAACCGCUAGAGUUGCUAUGCGUGUUUCCGGAGCGUGCAUCGCGCGUGUGCGCGGCGGCGUGCUCGGCGGUGGCGCGCGCGGGCGGCGAGGCGCGCUCGGUGCGGAGCGCGCGCGACGCUCUCGACGCCCUGAGGCGCGACUCCGAAGCCAAGUUACCGCAUGUCAUCGUGGUUGACGCGCGGCAGCCGCAGACGCUUGACGCACCUUUGCUUGCCAGAGCAAUACGAGGGACGAAAAACACGCAGCACAUUAUUCUUAUUGCCAUCGUGAAGAAAAGCGCCUACCUGAAAGAUGAUUUCGUGGUGCUUCCCUACCUCGACGCUGGUUUCAAUAGGGUGAUGGUAGAAACCUUAAGUGCGACGGCAUGGUGCGCGGAAGUCCUGCAGUGCCGAGCGGCGGGCGCGUCGGCGCGUGCGCAAGUCGCUGCGGUGGCCGCACUCGCCGCCGCCGUGGACCGGUGCCGCGACCUCGUGGCCGUUACCGAUGACCAGCAGAGGAUACUUCUGGCCAACAAGUCCUGGUGCCGCGUGCUGGGCUGGCGCGGUGACGAGGGCCCCCGACCGCUGUCAGAGACAGCUGGUGGCGAGGCCAUGCGCCAGGCCUCGAGCGGGGCCCGCGACUGGGAGGCCCCGGUCACGCUGCGCAGGCGCGCCGCACCAGACCCCAUCCUGCUGCCAUGUAGGGGAGCCGCCAUUGGACUGACCAAGAGCACGUCGCACAUAGUGUUCGUGUGCGAGCAGACGCAUGCGGUGGAGACCGAGCGCGGGCGGGGCUCGCUGCACUCCAUCCGCCGUGGGUCGCUCGACGUGCGCUCCGUCGCCUCGGACGGACUGCGACGCACCUCGCUUGCUAAGCUGCAGGGCUUGCCGCUAGAAGCACCCAUCACUAAGGUUAUAUCCCUCCUCUCAGCGGCUACGGAGGGCGCGCCCCCCUCCACAGUGGCCUGCAUCGAGAGGGCAGUCGACAUGCUUCGGACCUCCGAGCUCUACUCCCCACAAAUGCGGGAUGACCCCAAGAUGCGAGUCGAAGACCCCGUGGCUACCGACCUCAUUGGAGCACUGCUAUCGAGGGAGCAAGUCAACUCAAACCUAUUCUUUAUGCAAGGGCCUACCAAUACGCUGUCGUCGCGACGAAGCAGCAACGACUCAACUGUCGUCAGGUCACAGACUAACAGGACCAAUAUUAAACAUAAGACGACAGGCCAACUCCGCGAGCUCCUGGACACGGCCCUGAGCUGGGACUUCGAGAUCUUCCGCCUCGAGGACAUGACGCGCGGCCGCCCGCUCGCACACCUCGGCCUCGCGCUCAUGGGGGGCAGGUUUGACAUCUGCGCCGCUCUGGAGUGCGACGAGCGAACACUGCUGCACUGGCUCACCAUUAUAGAGACUAACUACCACUCCGGGAAUACGUACCAUAACUCCACGCAUGCUGCUGAUGUGCUGCAGGCCGUAGCCUACUUCCUGGAGAAGGACCGGCUGAAGUCUGUCCUGGAGCCGCUGGAGGCGGCGGCGGCGCUGCUGGCGGCGGCGGCGCACGACGUGGACCACCCGGGGACCUCCUCCGCCUUCCUCUGCAACGCGCGCCAUCCCCUCGCCGUGCUCUACAACGACGUCAGCGUGCUCGAGUCACACCAUGCGGCUCUCACCUUCAAGAUUACUCUUAACGACAACCGCGUGAACAUAUUCAAGAAUCUCGACCGGGACACGUACAAGCAGGUGCGGCACAACGUCAUCGACAUGAUCCUCGCCACCGAGAUGACCAAACACUUCGAGCACCUCGCCAAGUUCGUCAACGUCUUCUACGCCAAGUCCAGCGGCAGCAAGGAGGAUAACAUGCACACUGAUGAACCACUGGCGUUAGACACAACAGCGCUCUCGCUCCCAGAGAACGUGAUCCUAGUGAAGAGGAUGAUGAUCAAAUGUGCAGACGUGUCGAAUGCGUCGCGACCGCAGAAGUUCGCAUUCGAAUGGGCUAGGAGGAUCGCGGAGGAGUACUUCCUGCAAACAGACGAGGAGAAGGCGAAGGACCUGCCGGUGGUGAUGCCUAUGUUCGACCGCGCGACCUGCUCCAUCCCGCGCUCGCAGAUCGGCUUCAUCGACUACAUCAUCAUUGACAUGAUGGAGGCCUGGGCUGCAUUCAUCGACAUGCCGGAGCUGGUGAACCACGCUCGCUCCAACCACGCGCGCUGGCGCGAGCUGGACGAGGCGGGGGUGUCCACGCUGGCGGACGUGUGGCGCGCGCUGGGCCACUCCAGCAUCCACGGGCAGCUGCAGGCCGCGCAGCCCACCGCCGAGGAGUAGCGGCCGCGCGACCUGACGCGCAACCUGCCGCCAGCAGCGCGCGCCCGCGACUGCGCCCACACCGGCCACCACCAUUUAUAUAAGGUACGCAGCACCCGACGCCCGACCGCCAUCUUGGAAAACAGAACUUGGGAAAUUUGAAAUCGGAACAGCAUCCACGUUGCACGGGAGUGGCGCGGGCCGACAGAGUUUGAUGUCAACGUUAUAAGUCUGAAACGGAUCAUGGGCACUAGCCUGCCCGACGGAUGUGUCCGAUAAUACGCUUAUUUUAUACUUAUUAUAUCCGUGUUCGUGUGGAUAUCACUGAAAUUAUAAUUGUUGAUAUCUACUUUUUUAAGUAGUUGUAUUUAUUAGAUAAUAUUGAAUCCAAUAUAUUUACUAUAUUAAUGUAUCGAUGGAUUUCAUUAACUAUCCACAGAUGGCAUGAUUUUGUCUGGCUUUAUGUGUACUUAAGUGUUAUUUUAACUUCUUUGAUAUCAUAAUGUUUACUAGUGAUGUAUUGAGCUAAUUAUACGUACGCCUUACAGUAUCCUGAACUUAUUGUAUGUAGUGUCGAGUCGGGAACUCGGGACCUCACGAGGCCUACUGUCCUGUUGUUACGAAAGCCUUCAUGACAUGGAGGGAGCUAUGAACAUGUUAUAUAUGAUAUACGUUAUGUACGCUUCUAUUAAUGUCUUGUUACGAUGUCGUCUGUGGACCUCACUGACAAUCGGCAUCAUCCACUAUUAUUAUUGUUGUAUUCAAGUUGCCAUAUACACGGGUAGGUAUGUUAGUUGGUUACAUAAUAUUUGUAAUGAUAAAAUGUUUUACAAUGUCCGUGAUAGUAGUGCCAUAUUAAUAUUGGCCAUUUUCGUUCAUGUAGCGGUGGUAGCAAUCAUUUCUCACUGCAUCCCAUGACAGACGCGCACCACACACCCAUUUGUUUACUGAUAGAUUAUUAUCGUGCUACGUAAGGGCCAUAUAUACACUUCACUUUUCAAUCGAAAUGAGAUUUUACAUUUCUUACUAUGGACGUCUUGUAAAGCUAUCUGAAUGAUCAGUUAGCAGUUUUCAACAUGUAUACGCCCUUACGUGUCGCACUAAACUUUGAAAAGUAUUUCUCUUGACUUAUAUAUUGUUAUACUAUUGAAAUAUUGGUCCAUUUAUACACUUGAGCUUUCAAAGAAUUCCUAUUUUUAUAAAGAGAACUUUUUGUAGUGCACUCUCGGCCUCAAUCAUAUCAAAAUUCAAAAUUUUUCGAAUGAUUUUAUAUAAAAUCAACUGUUGAACAAUAAUUCUACUUAGAACAUUUUGGUUUCAUUCCUGGGGAAUAUUUUAUAAACAUUUUAUACUUAACAAUUAUAAAUGUUAAUGUUAUUUAUUAAUAGAUAUAUUAGAAAACUUGAAUAUUUCUUUAAAGUAAUUUAUUGUAUUUGGAUAAGGUGUAACAUGUACUGUAUGUUAUAGCGACUAUUGAAUGUAUUCGUCUGAAUGACGCUGGUAUAUAAGAUUGUACUGUAGAUGAUAAUAAACGAGAUGAUGUACUUCGCUUCCUUGUGCUCAAUGUCGAUACAUAGCGGUCUAAUGUGAAUGUUAUACAUACCUACUUCAAUAUUCGUCAAGUUAUAUAUAAUAUUACGUAGAUGAAUUUGCUAUUUCACGUUGUACUGUAUUGAUUAGGUCGCGGUGUUCAAUCUCAUAUUAUUAUUUUUAAAUAUGAUGCUAAAGAACGUUUCGUGUACUAACAAAUUUAAUGAUCAAAUUAUUUACUUUUAUUAGAUAGCUCAAAUUAAUUAGAUUUUAAAGAUCAUAUCUUGAUUUGGUUAAGUCGCGUCGUGAAUAUAAUUUCGUCCUUCCCUUUGUUAGCAAAUCAAGACCUAAUUAAUUCUAACUGAUUUCUAUUUAUAUUGAGUUUACGUAAGUUGGUCGUGUUUGAGAAAUUAUAACUAUUAAGAUAACGGGGGCUGGUCCCCAUAAUUAAAUGUGAAGAAUAGAUAAAAUUACAUUGUUGUGAAUUUUAUAUGCGAAGACAUGUGUGCUAUGCAUAACUUGUAUAAGUACCAAUUAAUUAAUGUUAAUGUAAAUGAAUAAAGAUUCAAAACACUUCACAAAGAAGUGACGAAAC